AUGCCUCAGAUGGGGCCGUCCGUGCUGAUGGUGGCGCUGCUGGCGUUUGGCGGGCUGCUGCCCUGCAUGGCGUUGAACCUGAAGAUCGUGCACAUCAACGACAACCACGCCAGGUUCGACCCUGCCACAAGCUCGUUCGGCCCCUGCGGCCUGACCGCGGCGGCACAGGCGCAGUGCUUUGGGGGAUUCUCGCGCAUUGCCACAGCCGUGAAGCAGGCACGCAAGGAUGCGGCGGCUGCAGGGCAGGACAUCCUGGUGCUGCACGCAGGCGAUCAGUUCCAGGGCACAACCUGGGACUUUGUGUACUCGCGAAACGGCAUCCAUGUGGCGCAGCGGUUCUUGAACCUCAUAGGCCUGGACGCCUUCACACCUGGCAACCAUGAGUUUGACUACAGCCCAGCUGUUCUGGGCCCCUACCUGGGCCUGCUCAAUACCACUACGACCAGCUGCAACAUUGACUCGAGCAAGGAGCCCCUCCUAGCGGGCAACAUCAAGCCGUUUGCCCUGGUGACCCUGCCAAUAAGCGGUGCCAAGGUGGCCAUCAUUGGCCUCACCACAGCAGACACACCCUCCUCUUCCUCCCCGGGCCCCAACCUUGUGUUCAGCGACCCAGCCACUUCCCUGGCCACUUGCGCGGCGAGCGCCAAGGCCGCGGGCGCCAACAUCAUCAUUGCGCUGACCCACGUUGGGGCAAACGUGGACGUGGCACUUGCCGCCAACCCCGCCCUGGCUGACGUGGAUCUCAUCAUUGGGGGCCACUCCCACAGCCUGUUUUACACCGGGACGCCGCCUGCACUGCUGGUGAAGCCGAUGACCGUGGCUGAGACGACGCCUGUGUUUGGUGCCUACCCCCGGCCCGUGGCCAACGGCGCCAAGAGCAUCCCGGUGACAUCAGCUCUGUGGGGAUCCAGGUACCUGGGUGUCCUCGACACAGUCUUUUCUGCCACGGGGGAUCUGACCGCCAUCAGCGGCAAGCCGCUGCUGCUGGGAGGCGCCGACAGCUCCAACCCCGUCGCUUCGGACAAUGCCACGGACGCUCUGCUCCUUGCACUGCGUGGUCCCGUGGACGCCCUGGCUGCAGAGGUGGUCGGCACCAGCAGUGUCUACCUGACCGGCACCACGGGCCUGGCGGGUACGCCUGACGCGACGCUGGCCAACCCAGUGCGCCAGAAGGAGACCAACCUGGGCAACCUGUUCUGCGACGCCAUCCAGUGGUUCAUCAAGACCAACAUCCUGGCAGACCCGGCCCUCAAGGGCCUGCCCCUGGUCUCGAUCCAGAACGGUGGCGGUAUCCGUGCCUCCAUCCCCGCGGGCACCAUCAAGCAGGGCGACCUCAUCACCGUCUCGCCCUUUGGCAACUACGUCGUGGUCAAGCGCGUGUCGGCCGCCAACGUCAUCGCGGCGCUGCAGAACGGCGUCUCCCAGUGGUCGGCCACGGCGCCCGCUGGCCGUUUCCCUCAGGUAGCCGGCCUGCGUUACGCCUUUUCCUCCGCCCAGCCGGCUGCUCAGCGCCUGGGGCGUGUCGUCCUGGAUGACGGCCGGGAGCUGGGAGUGCAGUACACCGGGGAUGUCAUCGUCGCGACUAACCAGUUCAUGGGCCUCGUGCCCGCCGGGGACGGGUACACCGUGCUGGGUGACGCCCCCCUGAUCAUCGACACCUCACGGCCCCUCAACGAGGUCCUGUCAGCCUACAUUGCCACGUUCACGCCCAUAGCGCCAGCGGUGGACGGCCGCAUCGGCGACUGCAGCGUCAAUCCGGGCGCCCUACUGUGCCCUCAGAACCUGCCGGUGUCUGCGCUGCCCGUGAAGCAGUCCAGCACCAGGGCUGUCAAGCUCCGCACCACAAAGCGCAAGGUCAACGGCACCGCAGCGCUGGCAGUGAACGGUGUUUUCGACGACUUCAUCCUCACAGGCUCCUCCAAGAACCCCUGGUUCGAGAUCGACCUGCAGUCAAACCUGACUGUCGAGUCUGUGGCCCUGUUUGCACCCACGCUGCGUGCCAACGAGGUCCUGCCAAUCAAGGACUACCUUGCCACAGACAGCCUGGUCGUGCGCGUGAGCACAGUGGCCUCCAAGAAGACCAAGCUUUACACAGGGACCAGUGCCACGCUGUGUGGCACCUUGACACUCCCCCUGGCUGCGCAGGCCAACAGCACCACUGGCUCUGUGCUCAAGUGCGCGUUGAGCGGCAGCGCAGGCACCCAGGCACUCCCCAAGGGCCGCUUCAUCAGCAUCGCGCUGCAGCGGGCCAAAAACAAGGCGGGGCAGCUCCUCUUUGCUGAGCUCAAGCUUGUGACGCGCCUGACUUGA